CUUGCACACAGGACACAGUAGGGGAGGGGAAAUUGGGAGGGUCACAAAUGAGCCAACCAAUUGGCUGGUGUAAAAGACAAGUGAGUCCCCAUUGGCUACAUUGAUCCAAGUAGCUGGCGUGGAAGGAAAGAGUUGAAUCAUGGCAGUAGCUGAAUUGUAGAGUUGGUGUUGUGGUGCAGGUACGUGUGUGUGUUGUACUGAGGACUCUACUCGUGUAAAUACAGCGCUGUCACUUCAUGAGCGUCACUUCUGUCAGGGUCCUGGUGUCUAUCUAAAGGCAGAAUCACCUCUCACUAUUUGGAUAACUUUGCUUGCUGAGUAAAGGCUAUAGCCCACUAAUCAGUGUCUGCAUCUUCUACAAGGUAAAGAAAAGGACCACUAUGGAAAUGGAGAUCACUAAAUUCAACAUUGAUGCUCCUCGAUGGGACCAAAGUACAUUUGUGGGGAGGUUGAAGCACUUCUUUAACAUUACAGAUCCCAGGACAGCUCUUGUCUCAGAACAGGAAUUGGAUAGCGCAAAACAGCUUGUGGAUUCGUGCAGAGCAGGUUCUGUGCCACCAGGAACAAGUACAGAACAACUGCAUUAUGCCAAGAAGCUUUAUGACUCUGCUUUUCAUCCAGACACCGGGGACAAAAUGAAUUUAAUUGGAAGAAUGUCUUUCCAAGUCCCUGGCGGAAUGGCCAUCACAGGGUGCAUGCUUCAGUUUUACAGAACUGUGCCGGCGGUGGUAUUUUGGCAGUGGGUUAACCAGUCAUUCAAUGCUUUGGUGAACUAUACAAACAGAAAUGCAGCGUCUCCAAUCACGCUCACUCAGAUUGGCGUGGCUUAUGUGACUGCCACAAGUACAGCAUUGGCUACAGCUGUAGGACUGAACUUGUACACUAAGAAAGCUCCUCCUUUGGUAGCACGAUGGGUUCCCUUCGCUGCAGUGGCGGCUGCCAAUUGUGUCAACAUUCCUAUGAUGAGACAGCAGGAGAUUAUUAACGGCAUCGCAGUAACUGAUGAAAACGAUAAUAAACUGGGACACUCUAAGAAAGCUGCUAUCAAGGGAAUCAGCCAAGUUGUAAUCUCCAGAAUAGCCAUGGCCACUCCUGGGAUGAUUCUCUUACCAAUUUUGAUGGAAAGGCUGGAGUCUUUUGCCUUUAUGAAAAUUUACAGCUGGAUCCCUGACCAUCUAGAUUUUUGGCUGCCAGGGUCAGUGACCCCAUUUAAAAGCUGGAAAAAUGUCAGGAGAGGAAGAAAAUACGGUUUCUUCAUGCUCCUCUGCAAGUCAUGCUGGCCGGUGGUUUCUUGCUCUUUAUGGUUCCUGUUGCCUGCUCCUUGUUCCCACAGAGAUGCUCCAUGUCUGUAAGCAGCCUUGAGCCAGAACUAAGAGAGUCCAUAGUGAACCAAUAUGGAGACAACAUUCGCUAUGUUUACUUUAACAAGGGACUGUAACCAUCUUAUAAACAGACAGGCAAAAACAAAAAUUGAUUAGAAAAAGAGACAUUGUCCAUUGAGGAAAGUGAAACAUUUUAAUCUGUGUAUAAAAAAAUGCCUUUUAAACAAUAUUUUCAGGAACAGUAUUUUCAUGGGGAAGAAACCCCCACACAGCCUUGUUACCUUUCAGCCAAUGAACUGGAACCGUUACAAAUACAUUUUAAUGCAAGGAAAUAUUUGCAGUGCCUUUUGUUACAUUUAUGAUCGUUUUUUAAAAUGGGAGGUAUGUAUAUUAAAUAGUGCUACUAGGGUGCACUGCAUUGAAUUUACAGUGCAAUUAGUAGUGUUAAAGCUU